CAGCAAAUUAUAAGAACUUCCGCUUCUGAGCACCGUAGAAGAAGAAACAAGCGGUGCACACGGGCUUCCGGUUAAAUAAAACUAAUUUAUGCGCUGGUCUUAGACACAACUUUCAAAUACGACGACUAGAGACAGAGAAAAGGAGGAGACGACGAGUCCAGCUUAAAGUCUCCCUCCCUACCUGUGUGACUGCCCCUUGUAUUGGCAGUGAAUCGACAUAAGGAACAGUAAACAGAUGGACCAAAACAACAGUAUACCAGCCUUCCAGGGGCUGGCCUCUCCUCAGGGGGCCAUGACACCAGGCAUGCCAAUCUUUAGUCCGAUGAUGCCAUAUGGCACAGGCCUCACACCUCAGCCUAUCCAGAACACCAACAGCCUGUCUAUACUGGAGGAACAACAGAGGCAGCAGCAACAACAACAACAGCAAGCACAGCAGACCAACCCAGGCCUUGCAGGUACAUCAGGCCAGACCCCUCAGCUUUUCCAUUCCCAAACAGUAACAGGCUCCACUACCACAGCUCUACCAGGCAACACACCGCUCUACAACACCCCACUGACGCCCAUGACUCCAAUCACACCAGCCACCCCUGCUUCAGAGAGCUCUGGAAUAGUACCGCAGCUACAAAACAUUGUAUCAACAGUCAAUCUUGGCUGUAAACUGGACCUUAAGACCAUUGCCCUCAGAGCCAGGAAUGCGGAGUACAACCCAAAGCGUUUUGCUGCUGUCAUCAUGAGAAUAAGAGAACCGAGAACUACUGCCCUUAUCUUCAGCUCUGGGAAGAUGGUUUGCACCGGAGCUAAAAGUGAGGAACAGUCAAGGUUAGCGGCCAGGAAGUACGCUCGUGUGGUGCAGAAGCUUGGUUUCCCUGCGAAGUUCCUGGAUUUUAAAAUUCAGAACAUGGUGGGCAGCUGCGAUGUGAAGUUUCCCAUCCGACUAGAAGGAUUAGUUCUAACGCAUCAACAUUUCAGCAGUUAUGAGCCAGAACUGUUUCCAGGACUGAUUUACAGAAUGAUAAAACCCAGAAUUGUCCUGCUCAUCUUUGUCUCUGGAAAAGUUGUACUGACAGGUGCCAAAGUAAGAGCGGAGAUCUACGAAGCAUUUGAAAACAUCUACCCCAUUCUUAAAGGCUUUCGCAAGACGACGUAGGACAUUUGUCAUUUUACUGAACCCAACAUUUUUGUUUUAUUUCCUAUUUACCUAAACAAUGAAUUUAAAUGUUUUUUAGGACUUUUAUAAUUAGCAACUUUUACAACAUUUUUUUGUUUUUCUUGUUGAAUCAAGAGUUGUUUUUUUUUUUUUUUUUUUCUUUUGUUAGAAAAGUAAAUGUCAACCAUUGUUAAUAGAAAUGUAAAAAGGCAGAGUAGAGCUGGGCUGGCGGGGGACGUUUGUUUUAUAUACACCGUUUAAUAAUUGCUACAUGUUGUUAUUGUAGCACUUGUCAGCUCAGUUUUCCACCUACAUUAGGAUGAGUUUAAGUCUACUGCCACACCUCCCUCAUUUGUUUUUGCAAACCAGUUUUAACAUUCAUUUUAUUAAUAAUGGUGAAACUUAGUUAAACUUUUUUUUUUUUUUUUUUUUUUUCAAAAGAUCUUAAUAAAGAGAAGCGCAGUCUGUAGCCCUGAUUUAGAUGUUUUUAGAUAUUUCAUUGGAAAACUGUAAACUUAACCUUAUGUUCUGCUGUCAUUUUGUUUCACGUGAAAUAUGUGCUCAAAUGUCUGCAGCCAAAAGGCAAGAAAGAAAUGUGAGAGAGACUGGAAAGUAAAAUGUUUCAACUUGCAUCAUCAUCAGUACUACACAUCGGUAAUGGCAAGUUAUUGUUCUACCAUGUGUUCUAAAUCUAUUACAGUCUGUAUUACCUGAGCAUUUAAGACGUUUUAAACAGUUAUCUUUCAUUAUUUCCUGGUCAAUACAAAUCUGUUAGUUUGUUUCAGCAAUUUUGUGGCACUUGUUUUACACAGGCACAUUCAGUCCCCAAAAAAAAUUCAAACGUUUUGUAAUUCACACAGUGACCUAAAUAUGUUUUGGCCAUGGUGGUAGUAUAUUUCAGAUGGAAUACUCUGUAUUGUCUUGAUGGAAAUGCAUUGUCUGAAAUGCUGAAUGUGCUGCACUUAAUUAAUAAACGUAUUCUUACUGA